GGGCCGGCUGAGUGAGGGGAUGCUGCUGGUGCUGUCGGAAGAGCAGAAGGCCCACCUGGGCUGCCUGCCGCGGGCGGGCGGCGCAGCCAUCGGCGAGCUGGGCCGUCUGGCGGUGGAGCUGCUGCGGCGGGGCGCGGCGCCGCGGGCCUGCGAGGCGGCCGCCAGAAAACUUAACAUCGGUGUUGACACUGUUCAGCAUGGAGUAGAAGGGCUAUCAUAUCUGCUUACUGAGAGCUCCAAGCUUAUGAUUUCUGAGAUAGACUUCCAAGAGUCCAUUCAUGUUCUGGGAUUCUCAGAUGAACUGAACCAGUUACUGCUCCAGCUGUACCUUGACAACAGGAAGGAGAUCCGAAGCAUCCUCAGCGAGCUGGCUCCAAAGCUUCCCAGCUAUCACAGCCUGGAAUGGAGACUGGAUGUGCAGCUUGCAAGCCGAAGUUUGAGACAACAGAUUAAGCCUGCUGUGACUCUAAAGCUGCAUCUCAAUCAGAAUGGAGAUCAAACUGCCCAGGUGCUGCAAACCGACCCUUCCACUCUCCUCCAUCUUAUCCAGCAACUGGAGCAAGCGCUGGGGGAAAUGAAAACAAACCACUGCAGGAGAAUAGUGCGUAACAUGAAGUAGUGCUGGUGCCAGGCUGGAGGCUUUCUCAGCUAAAGCAAUGCUCACAAAUACAUUUUGAGGGAAAAAUAAACAUCUGGAUCAGAUGAAAUGCUUUCCUGUGCCAGGAUCUUAAGCCAGUAACGACUGGUUGCAUGUUCUCUGGUGCUAACUUUGCACCUCUGCCUGACAGGCGAUAGGAAACCGGCUUUCCUUUGAUGGCAAAGGCAGAAAUUCAGCUGGCUAUACUGAGGAUUUCUUUUAAGUGUAGUUCUACCUGAAGACCCUUCCCACAGUAAGGAGAGCUGUCUCAGUAUUAUAUGAAGCUGCACAUUUAUUUUUAUGUUUAUCAGGUAGUUUUUUCCCCUUGGUUUUGCUCUUGGAUUGAUGGGGGGUUUUCAAAACCAACCCUGUACUGGGGGGGAUGAUAAUUUCCAGGAUGUUCCCUCCAUCUAGAUUCAUGUAUGUGUAAGAGUACAUGUGGGAGUCCUGCCCUCUGUAGAGGGUUCACCCAGUUUGGGCUGGGUGCUGUACUGCAUUCCUGCCCUUCUCACAUAAGGAAAGAAAGCCUCAGUAUGCUGAUGCUGCCAUUCAGCAGAGCUGGCCCUAGCCCCUUGCUGGCAGGCUCAGGGGGCUGCAGGAAGCAGUCACCAGAGAGAACCCAGUGCCCCAAACAUGUCAGCACCCUGAUCAUAGGUAAAGGGGAGCUGGAACAGCCCAAUAGCCAAAUCAUGACCUAGAGGGUAGAUUCAGCAAGUAAGUUCUGCUAAAUCCCAUCUUCAUCUUGUGAUGGAACAGUUUUUGUUCCCCUCUUUGGAUGGUGUGCUCAUAAAAGAAGGACUAGCUAAGAACUGCAAAAAAUAAAUGCUGCUCUCCCAUUUGCCUAAUAAAAACUUUGUCAAAAGUCACUCUUCAGUUGUAUUUAAUGCAAUCCUUGGUGGCUUUUGUGAAUGAGAUUAAAUAGUUCUACUGCUUAACCUUUAA